GCAGAUCUUGGCGAUCAUUGACCCGAAUGGGGUGAGGAACUUGCAGGCCGACUACGAAGACCGACACUCGUACCCAGGAUGAAAAAGGCUGUCGUGUUAGUGGAACUUUUUUGUGAUAAAAACAGCAUACACGACAAAUAUCCAUCGAUCUCCCGGUUGGACAGCAAAAACUUGUCAUGCGCAGAUAGUACGCGAAAACGCAACACUUUAUGGGACUCGCCUACGAUGCUUGUCGAGCAUGAGAAGCGAAGAUACCUGUUAAUUCGUGUUUCGCUGCGCAAGAAUGCAACACAAACAAGUUACACUUCACUCUCAUCACUUUUUUUCUUGCAUAGCUCGCGGCUCUUCCAGGAGAAGUGGCAGGAAUACUUGCUGGGAAAGACAGAUUUGCGGGAGAUGCCGCACGAUUUCCAGAAUUUGCGGAACGUUUUGUUUGAUGUGAGCAGCAGCGACUCGUCAGGUGGGAGUAGCAGCUCGGCAAGUGGCAGCUCGACAGAAGACUCGUCUUCUUCAGCUGCGGAGGGGGACGUCGAGAGUAGUAACCCGUCCGAGGCAGAAGGGGGGGCAAGUAGUAGGAACGCGGGUGACGGUGUUAACAACAACGGCCUAGUUGUCGUCGCUCCAUCAACCUCCGCCGGCACGACAAACGCAGGACCACAAGACCCGGCCAGCAAAGUGGUUUCGUUUGAACAAGGUGGAGGUGAUCAAACUCUUGCAAGAACUACAUCUAUUCCCCCAGCAGCACCAACCAACAGCAACGCCAAAGCAUAUCCAUCGCUCCCAGUGUUGAGAAAAUCGGAUUUGAAGCCGAUCACGGUUUGCCUGUCCGCGUUCUCCAAACACACCCACCUUUCCGACGUGGACAGCUUUAUGCGUGGGAAAAAGGCGAACCCGGCGGACAUUCUGGCCUUCAAUUUGAAGGCGGAGGAGCCGAAGAUUUUGAAGAAGUUCGAAGAAAUGGAAGAGACUAGGAGAACGGAAGAAAUGUUGUUCUUAAAAAAUCGCGCACUGGAAGAGGAAAAGGAAAGACGUGAGACUAGUACAGCUGCUGGCACCGGUAAUUAUCGUACUAACCCUCAACCGGGUACUAGCCCUAGCGCGUCUGGCUCAGCUGCAAAUGAGAGGAUCAUGUCGGGUGCGAACACCAACGGCGAUGUAGAAGAUGUUGGGC